AAUUCUAAAUACAUAUCUACUAGUGAAGAAGAGGAUGAUGAAAGUGACCAUUCUUUACGUCGACCACCAAAAAUUUCCACAUUUGCACAUGCGCUACAAGAUAAACAUAAAAAAUCUUUAACAUCAAUGCCAUCAUCAGUAUCUAUGACAUCAAAAGACCUACCAGAAACAGUAUCGCAACAAGACAUGAAUUCAGAUUCUUCUGAUAUUCCUGCACACAAUACUCCUAAUAGGAGAUUAAAAGAGAUAGAUUUUUUAAAUAGAACCACAAUACCAUCACUAUCUUUAAUUGUUUCCACAAACAUCAGUUCUCGAUCAGAAUCUGUAAAUUCAACUCUUAAUGAAGCAAAUGGAGUACCAUAUUUUCGUAGCCUUACUGAACAAAUUUUUACUGAAAUAAGAAAAGUGCGAGAACAAGUUAAAGAAAUGUAUGGAAUAUUGAAGCACUCCAACACUCAAGGUGGCAUGCUCUCUAUCCCAAAUAAUUGUCCUGUUGAGUUUCCAUUGAAAACACGCGAAGAAUUGCAACUAUUAGAAAAUUAUUUUAGCUCCCGUGAAAAUAAACACGCUGUGUCAUUGUUCUUCUCAACAUUAGGAGGUGACACUACUACUGCAAGAACUAAUAAAAUUUUAAAACACGUUUUAACUAACGAACUUGCGAAAGGUUUUAACUUUGCAGGACACAAAAAUAAGGAAGCUUUUGAGAAGCUUUCUUUGAAGACUGUGAUAAUCCGCGGUGUGCAAAUAAAAUCACCUUCAACCACAGAAAAAGAUAUUGAGGAUGCAAUCAAAACUUGGUUAAAACACGCUUCUGACAGAUUAAAGGAAAGUUUGAAAAAAAUAACAAAGAAAGGUUAUAAAAUUUAAAUAUUAUAUUC